AUGUUCAAUACCCUCCUUUUCUGUGUGACCAUGGUUCCAGCAAUGCAAGCCCUCCUUACAUCAGAAACUGGCAAUGGGAGGUUGCAAGGCCUGAGUUCUGCUCCAAUUAAUAAUGGGAGAUACAAUUAUCCAAGUUUUCGGCGCAAUGUUAAAGAAUCUGCCUUAGCAGUUCCAGGAGGCUUGCCAAGGUCAGAGUUUUUGAGACUGGACACAGGAGCAGAUGAAGAACUACUGGAAGAUUACAGCCUGUUAGAUCCUCAGGAUCUGUCAUUAGAAACAUCUUCUCGAGAAGAACGAUCACCCAGAAGAUGUGUCCAGCUUCUGGAAUCAUGUGUAGGCCACGUGCCAUGCUGCAGUCCCUGUGCCACUUGCUACUGCAGAUUUUUUAAUGCAUUUUGUUAUUGCCGAAAAACUAAUUGUCAUCAAGGCAAGAAUUAG